CCUUAAAGGCGUCCUUCAAUUGUAGGAACGACUGACGAUACGGCCCUAAGAUUCGUUCAAUUAAUGAAAAAUAGAUCAUAUCGUGAUGGAAUUAAAAGAUCGCCGUACCAAACAAUGUUUGGUUGUGAUGUUAAAGUUGGCUUAAAAUCAUCAGUUAUUCUGCCUCACGAAGCAAUCGACAAGAUCAAGAAUAACAGUAGCGAGGUAAAUAAGACAGAAAUCGAAUCCAAUGGAAAUGAAAUUACAGAAAAAGCAGUUUGCCAGCUUUGUGACCAAAAAGGAGAUAAAAAGUGUGCAAAAAGAAACAGAACAUUAAUAAUAGGAAAUAUGCGGCAGUUUCAACAGGCUAAUAAAAUGACAGCUUCGUCAAAUGAAAAGUUUCCUCCUUGCAAGUCACUCUCCAUGUGUGAGUACUCCACCACUGGCUCAGCUAAAGAUAAAUAUAUAAGAGCAGGAUGUUUGUGGACUACAAGUGUUGCGAGAAUAUUUGACCCGAAAAUUAUUACAGAGGUUCGUAAUGGAUUAGAAAAGAAUUUAGAUUAUAUUGACCGAAACUAUAAGAGAGUUAACGUUGACUGUUUGUUUGGAGUGGCACUCGCAACAGCACUGAUUGACGAUGCUUAUCAGAAUGGUACACACAUCAUGGAUAAAAGCUCUUUGGAAAUCAUGGAGAAGUCAUUAGUCAUUCUGAAGAAAAGUAUACCAUAUUCUAGAGAAAAAUCUGAAUGGAUUACAGACGCUUUUCUAUAUCCUACCAUAUGGCGAAAGAAUAUCUGUUACAGAAGCAAUGCUCUCCAUAUCCCUAACUUGCCAAGUUUCAAAUAUGUGAAAAAAAUCUUUAAUCGCGAUUACAUAGACGGUUCUGAAAUUGACUUCUGUUUACAAAAUAUAGUUAACUUUACAAAUUCUAUGGUACCAACAAGGUGUUUCAUUGAUAGAAGGUGUUGGAAAUAUUUUGAGCCCGACGAAAACUCAGUUGGUUACCUGUUGACUCACAAGCUUUUGAUUCUUCAGCUAGCUAAAGCAAGAAAAUGUUAUUUGAACGAUAAUGUCUAUGGAACGAAGACAGAAGAAUUAUGCUCCUCAAUACUGAGCGAAGUUGUCAAUGCUGAUUAUUAUGGAUAUUUAGACAACAUGUUUGAUCUGUAUUUAGAACAAGUUGUUUUAUGUGGGUACGAAGGUUAUACAGAAUUUUUACAAAACAAGUGGUUGUACUACAUACUGAAGUCACAAAGAUCAUCUGGCUGCUUCCCAGCUUUCUUGGAUGACAGCCUGAAAACGCGAAUGAAAAGGAACAGUAACACUUUGGAUGAUGGUUGUGUAGAUCAUACAACAGGACUUGGGGCAGCUGUGCUAGCCCUUCAUUACAACUACAUCAUCAAAGAGUAUCCUGCAACUCGAUAGAUAUGUGCUUGCUUUGUGUAUAAAACCAAAUAUACUCUUAUUCAUUAGUGCAAUUAAUUUUUCAUUUAAACAGAUUCUGAACACAAGAAGACCAAGACAACUGCCAUAGGGAAAAUUAUCGGCAUUAAAACUUUGUUUAUGGAGUUUAGAGCCUAUCUCUCGAUUUUAUGUCUUAUUCAAUAAUCCAUUAUGUAAAAAUGUAAAUUCCACAGACUUUGCUUUGCUGUACCUACUGACUUGGUUGUCUAUUUUCGGUUCAGCAUGAAUAUAGGAAAACAAACUGUAGUAAACAAGAUCACUCAAACAAAAUGAUUUCCC